CACUUUGGACAUUUCGUUUGUUGUUUUUGGGAUUUGUAUUACGUACUUCUGCUGUUCUAGGAGGUUUUCCUAAAGCAGUAUAUUCCUGUUUUUAUUUUACCCAACGGGACGUUUAUUACGUUUGCUGGAAGAUUAGCAACGUUUACCAAAAAAACCGUUGACUGGACCCGUCAUUAUUAAGCCAACAACUGAGAAAUGAUGGCAUUUUCAGCGAUGAAUGUUUUGAUGAAGAGGUCCGCUGCUGCCGGACUCCAAAUGAUGCGGCCUCAAGCUGUUGCUGCCGUAGGAUCCUCAUUGAGCAGCGACAAGCAGCAAACGCGCGGUGCCGCAAAAUGGUAUCCCGAUCCGGAAUUCAUGAAACAAUUCAGCGGACCUGUCAUGUACCCCGAUGAAUCGACCGCUCUUUUGAAGUUACCACCUUGGAACAGCAAAAUUUUGCCAGUAGAGAAGUCGGUACGAAAUCUGACCAUUAAUUUUGGUCCACAGCAUCCAGCUGCUCAUGGCGUAUUACGUCUAGUAUUGGAAUUGGAUGGUGAGACUGUAAUGCGCGCUGAUCCACACAUUGGAUUGUUGCAUCGUGGCACGGAAAAGUUAAUCGAAUAUAAAACUUAUAUGCAGGCGUUGCCAUAUUUCGAUCGUCUUGACUAUGUGUCCAUGAUGUGCAAUGAACAAUGCUAUUCACUUGCCAUAGAAAAAUUGCUUAACAUCGAAGUACCAAUCCGCGCCAAGUACAUUCGCACGCUAUUUGCUGAAAUUACACGUCUCCUUAAUCACAUUAUGGCAAUUGGCACUCAUGCUUUGGAUGUUGGUGCGCUUACACCAUUCUUCUGGCUGUUCGAGGAACGUGAAAAGAUGAUGGAAUUUUAUGAACGUGUCUCCGGUGCACGUAUGCAUGCAGCUUACAUACGUCCCGGUGGCGUUUCUUUGGAUAUGCCUCUUGGUCUAAUGGAUGAUAUCUAUGAAUUUGCUUCCAAGUUUGCCGAACGCUUGGACGAGGUCGAAGAUGUGCUCACCACAAAUCGCAUUUGGGUGCAACGUACAGCCGAUAUUGGCAUCGUAUCUGCCGAAGAUGCUUUAAAUUAUGGCUUUAGUGGCGUUAUGUUGCGAGGCUCAGGCAUCAAAUGGGAUUUGCGUAAACAGCAACCAUACGAUGCUUAUCAUUUGGUUGACUUUGAUGUUCCCAUCGGAACCAAGGGCGAUUGCUAUGAUCGUUAUUUGUGUCGUGUAGAGGAAAUGCGUCAAUCGUUGCGCAUUAUCGAUCAAUGUUUGAAUCAAAUGCCCGCUGGCGAAAUCAAAACCGACGAUGCUAAAGUAACCACACCCUCGCGUGCUGAAAUGAAGAACUCCAUGGAAGCGCUUAUUCAUCACUUUAAGCUCUUUACCCAAGGUUAUCAAGUGCCGCCCGGUGCAACCUACACAGCCAUUGAAGCACCAAAGGGUGAAUUCGGUGUUUACUUGGUUUCGGAUGGCUCAAGCCGUCCAUACCGUUGCAAGAUUAAGGCGCCUGGCUUUGCGCAUUUGGCGGCGCUGGAAAAAAUCGGCAAACAGCAUAUGUUAGCUGAUAUUGUCGCCAUCAUUGGUACACUAGAUGUUGUUUUCGGCGAGAUCGAUCGAUAAAUGAAAAAAAAUAGUAAACAAUUUUCCGAGAUAAAGUGUAAAAUUAACAAACGAACGUUUAAUAAAAGGAGUUAAAAUAAUAGUAAAUAAUAA